GGUGGGGAGAGCGGGCCACUCUUCCUCUCCUGGGCCAGCCUCCGAGCAGCACAGUGGCUGAAAAGAGCUCAGCAGCUAGUCCUCUCACACGCCAGCCGGGCCGGCAGAGCUGCAGGCACCAUGAAGGACGAGGUGGCUCUUCUGGCCACUGUCACCCUCCUGGGAGUCCUGCUGCAAGCCUACUUCUCCCUGCAGGUGAUCUCGGCGCGGAGGGUCUUCCGCGUGUCGCCGCCGCUCACCACCGGCCCGCCCGAGUUCGAGCGUGUCUACCGAGCCCAAGUGAACUGCAGCGAGUACUUCCCGCUGUUCCUCGCCAUGCUCUGGGUCGCCGGCAUCUUCUUUCACGAAGGUGCGGCGGCCCUCUGCGGCCUGGUCUACCUGUUCGCACGCCUCCGCUACUUUCAGGGCUACGCGCGCUCGGCUCAGCAACGGCUGGCCCCGCUGUACGCGAGCGCGCGCGCGCUCUGGCUGCUGGUGGUGCUGGCGGCGCUCGGCCUGCUCGCCCACUUCGUCCCGGUCGCGCUGCGCGCCGCGCUCCUCGGACGGCUCCGGACGCUGCUGCCCAGGGCCUGAGACGGAGGACGCCGGAUCGGCGGAGCUACAGAAGAGCCCGGGCCUCCUGGAGGGCGGGGUACGAUUGCUCACCCCCGCUUUGAAGUCUCGAAUUAAAGUGCCUGUGACCGGAGCCCGAACGCGUUCUCUGGGUCGGAGGGGCC